AUGGUUUUGUCUUGGACCAGAAGAAAUGUUUUCCGGCGUGCACGCAAGGGGAAGGAACAAUUUCCCGGUGGUGAUUUGGAGGUGGAGAUUGUGAUCCCCACCCAUUUCCGGUGCCCGGUGAGUUUGGAAUUGAUGAAAGACCCGGUGACUCUAUCAACUGGCAUCACCUACGACAGGGAGAGUAUUGAGAAGUGGACUGAAGCAGGGAACAAAACUUGCCCAGUUACGAAUCAGGUUCUUACAAGCUUUGACAUGAUCCCAAACCAUGCCAUUCGGAGGAUGAUUCAGGAUUGGUGUGUUGAAAACAGUUCCCAUGGUGUCGAAAGGAUCCCAACACCUCGUAUACCCGUGUCAAGUUACGAGGUUUCCGAGGUUUGUUCGAGGAUUCUGUCUGCUUCUCAGCGUGGGGAUGAAAAGAGGUGCCAAGAAUUGGUGGGGAAGAUCAAGGUUUGGGGGAGAGAGAGUGAGAGGAACAAGAUGUGCUUAUUGAGAAAUGGGGUUGGUUCUGUUUUUGCCAAUGCCUUUGAUUCUUUUUCAAGUGCAUCAUCUAUUGAAAAACAUGUGGUUAUUUUGGAGGAGAUCUUGGAGGUGUUGGCAUGGAUGAUCCCAUUUGGUGAAGAGAGUCAAUUAUUAUCCAAGUUGGGUUCAGAAUCUUCUUUACAUUGCAUGGUUUGGUUUCUUGAUGGUAAAAACCUUGCUUCAAGGCAAAGUGCUGCUUUGUUGCUGAAGGAAGUGCCUGUUAAGGAAUUGGCUAAAACUGAAGGAGUUGUUGAAGCUUUGGUUAAGAUGGUUAGGGAACCUAUUGGACCUAUUGCUACAAAGGCAUGUUUGGCCACAAUUUUCAACUUGGUUUCCUCAGCAGAGAAUAGAGAUGCAAUUGCUCAAAGAUUUGUGGAAUUGGGUUUUGUUUCACUGCUGCUAGAGAUUAUUGUUGAUGCAGAUAAAGGGAUAUGUGAGAAGGCACUUGGGGUGUUGGAUUGCAUUUGUGACAACCAAAAAGGGAAGGAGGUUGCUAAGAACAAUGCUUUAACAUUGCCUCUUGCAAUUAAGAAGAUUUUGAGGGUGUCCCAAUUGGCUUCAAGUUUUGCAGUCUCUAUUAUUUGGAAGAUUAUUUGUGACAAUAGGGAGGAAGGGGUUUUGAUUGAGGCACUUCAAGUUGGGGCUUUUCAGAAACUCUUGGUCGUGUUGCAGGUUGGUUGUGAUGAGAUCACAAGGAAGAAUGCUAGCGAGUUGUUGAAAUUGUUGAAUGGUUACAAGAGCAAAGCAGAGUGCGUUGACUCAUCAUUGGAUCUCAAGUACCUUAAAUAGCUCUUUUAAUUACUGAUUUAUGACAAAUGAGAUUUAUUUAUUUAUAUUUUUCUUUAUAG